AUGGCGAACACCCUUGGUCGCAUCAUGCUUGCAGAGGUACCGACCAUUGCAAUCGACCUUGUCAAAAUCGAGGUCAACUCCCUUAUUUUCAACGAUGAGUUCAUCAUUCACCACCUUGGCCUCAUCCCCAACGGACAGUGCGAGUAUUGCUUUGUCAAGUUCCACCUCAAAGUCCACUGUCACUCCGACCAUACCCUUGAUGUUACCAGCUACAACCUCAAAACCUCCGACCCUUGCAUCGUCCUUGUUGAUGUCGCCCAGUAUGUAGAAUUCGAUGGUUACAAUGCUUUUGAGCAGAGGGAUAUACUUAUCGUGAAAUUGUGUCGUGGGCAAGAGCUGAGGUGA